AUGAAAAGAUAACCCAUCACAUAAAACUCGAAUUUAUUGUUUUGCUUUGAUUGACAGGCCGCUACUUGGUGAAGUUAUUGGACAUAUGUCAUUGAAAAUACCGUGAAAAAAAUGUAAAUGAUCCGCCUGUCCUGUGUGUAGACUGGAGCUGACCUGUGUAUGUCAAAUUGCAGAUGCUGAUCACGGCUAUCAAGUGGUUGCCACAAAUCUUGUUUACUGAAACGUCUAUCAUGAUAGCCUGUUCACUCUGUCAUCAAUCCAGUACAUGUAAUUAGAUUUCUCGGGAUCCAUGGUAACAAAUGAAAGCAAACCUGUAAGCAUGUGGACAUGGAUUUUCUUGUAAUCAUAGCUCGGUAAACGUAAUUUUGGCUUUUUAUUUCCCAGCAUGGUGCAGUAAGGUUUCAGUAGAUUAGUGAGAGCGAGGGAGGUUCUGGGGAUUGGAUCUGAAAACACUUCUCCUGUUCCCAGGUCAGCAUGGACAAUACAUGGAAUAAAAUAGCCAUCAACAUUCACUCUUUCAACAAAUUAAUAACAGACAUAAUUCCAGUGAUUGUACUGGGCUAUUACAAGGCUGCUGCAUAGUUGGGGUCUAUUGUAGACCAGUGUAUUAUCUGCAAAUCCACCGCACAGGUGGUUAUUGUGUUACGUCUGAGACAUGUGGGAUUCACAGCGUUAGUUCAGGCACUGUUGUGUUGGGGGUGGUUUCUGCGACUGUGACUGAAGCAUCAUGGGAAAUAUAUCUUUUCUCACCUUCUCACCUUGCAUUCUCUGUACAAUAACAUUAAUUUUCAUUAACGUAUGUGAAUGCUUUUGUGAGAAUAAUGUGCAUAUCUUUUGGGUGCAUUUAGGACUUGACAACACAUGAAAGUGUCAUGAGGUCAGAUCUGGGUCAAAUACAUAUUUCAGUUACUUUACUAAGAAUGUAGUUUUUUUUUUUUUUUAGAUCUGUAAAAUUUGAGAAGACUCCAGCAGAUCUCUGAGGUUGCACUCAAAUGUUACUAUCCCCAAAAGUACAGUAAUAUGAAAGAAGAUCAUGAAAGUCCACCAUAAGUAGCCUUUUGGUAAUUUGCAUAAUAUGUAAAACAGUUUUUCUCCAAAAGGCUUUUUUGUUCUUUGUUCGAUUUGCACCAAACUUGGUACAUAGCAGUAGUGUUCUUAACCAUACUUGACAACUAUAAACCAGAUACAUUGCACGAUGACUAUGAGAGUUGUGAGAACCUUGAGAACAAGCUGUGUGGAUUCUUUAGCCAAUCAAUGACUUGAAUAUUCUACUAGUGCCAAGGACAUUCUGAAAACCAACAGACACUGCGGCCCUCCAGGUCUGGGUUUAAACCUGUAGGCACUGCGGCCCCCCAGGUCUGGAGUUAAAUUUGCAGGCACUGUGGCCCCCCAGGGCUGGAGUCAAACCUCCAGGCACUGCGGCCCUCCAGCUUGACACGUGCUUUAGUUCUUCGUGGGCUUAAAAACAUUAACAUUAAUACUGUUCUGGUGGGGGAAAAUGCUCUUGGACAGGCAGAGAACUUAUUUGCCUUUAGAAGAGUGUGUCCUAACACUGUCUUCCACACCACAUACUACUUUACCACACAUUACUGGCAUUUAUAUAGCUAAAACAUUUUUGCCCUACACAGGAGCCAAAUUGUGAAAAUAACGGUGAGUUAUCCACAAUCGAGUCAGUUUAUUUUUGCUGGAUUUUGGAAGUAGCCUAUGCUGACCACAUAUCCAUAACUACACAGUCACAGCAGCAUAAAAUUAUGAGUGGUGAGAUUCAUAACCUGUGUUUACAGUAAUAUGAUCAUGAACAGAUAACCUGUUUCACUGUAAAAAAAAAAAAACAAACCUUAGAUCAUGGACUGAAUAUUAUACUUUUCGUCUGAUGGAUUUGUGAUACAUAAAUAUGUAGGUCACUAAAGUCAUAUUUUUUCCCAUGUAAGUUGACCAGCUUGCUAAUCAAAAACCUCAUUUUCUACAAUUAAAAAGCUGGAAGUGGGAGAUUCAGACAUGUAAGCAGCACCAAUGACCUGCCAACAUUCCAUGGUCAUCACCUGCAGGUGCAGCAUCAAAUUUGGUUCAUGAAAGAAGUUGCGCCAAGUGUUCUUGUGAGAUUUUCCUCUUCCACACUCGGUCCUGCCGACGGGUUCACGCCGCCUGAAUUAGCACGGGAAGCUUCGGUCGUGUCCGGAUGGCUUUGGAUUCGCUCGCCUGCGUUCUCCUCUGCCUGCUGCUGGGCCAGGCGCUCGCCAAAUGUGUUCCCCAAAACUACACGCUCUACGUGGAGAGAGAAGGCUGCGAACACUGCGUGGCUGUCAACACCACCGUGUGCAGAGGCUUCUGUUUUUCACGGGACACCAACAUGAAGAAGUGUGGGUUGAAGGGCUUUCCGGUCCAGCGGGCCUGCAUGUACCAGUCGCUGGUCUACCACGCUGUGAGCCUGCCGGGCUGCCCGCCUGACGUGGACCCCCUCUUCUCCUUCCCCGUGGCCCUGCGGUGCCACUGCAGCCGCUGCAACACCAGCAACACCGAAUGCCUCCACCGGGGCAAGAGGCUGCCCAACCCAUGCGACAGCACCCUCUGCUACGCCAAAGGCCCGCCUAAAGCAGCGACCGCCGCCUCACUGACGGGAACAUUCCAGGAAAAUCAAAAAAUGGGUGAAGCUGCUGUAAUUUAUCAGGAAGUUUGAACAAGGAAGUUCGAUCAAGGAAGUUUGACCGAUUUUGACCUGCGGCGUUGCUACAGAGAAUAAACUAUUUUUGAUUGGUUCAGGCAUGUGAGAGGUUGACAGCUCGUAGUAGCUCCAGUUAGUAGCUCCAGCCCAAUGCGAGGGCCAUUGAAUCCUCUCUUUGUCAUCACUGCCCUAAUUGCACUUGCUAGCUUGACUGUCACUAUAUUUCACUCUGAUUGUUUAGUAUGUGAAAUGUCAGGUGGCAUUUGCACACAGCUGGAAGUAGCAAUGAAGUAGAGUUAAAAAGUGAAGUUAACUACAAUAGGAUAUAUUGUCUACUAUAUAUCAGUGUUUUCCAUUGAGAUGAAUAUCAGUGUAGUUCACUGGCAGCAGCUGCUGUCUUUAUAGCCUUGAUAGGAUGAUGAAGUAAUCAGGUCAGGUUUUGGUGUAUAUCGCAGGGACAGUGUUUUCAGACCAUUAAUGGAAAGCACACACUGUGUCUGAGAAUUGUAUUUAUUUGACCUUUAUUUAACCAAGUAGAGCAGAUGAGAAAUACUGUAACUUCCCUGUCUGUGCACUACUCCACAUCUGCACAGUAUGCAUCUGCUGCUAUUAUCUCUGUGUCUUCACAAAGUCAGGAAUGCUACAAGUGUCCUCACAAUGUCAGGAAUACCAGGAGUGUCCUCACAAAGUCAGGAAUACUUAAAUGUAAGCCUUAGCCUUCCUUUGUGUCUGUUCUGUUGAAAGUGCAAUAAACUGAACGAUUGCUCCAUUUUA